UGGUGGGGGAAAGCAGCAAGUUCUCUGCUAAUCGCUUUCCACUUCGUUUGGGAGUAUCGCCAAUCAGGGCAAAGAUGCGUACUGGAGAUGCGCGAAGGACGAAAAUUGGUCUUUUCGGAGUUAUGGACUCUGGUGAACUGCGGUAUAUAUGUAUAUAUCACAAUCUUACUGAUGAGAAUUGUAAAAAUUAAUUGAAUAAUUUCAGUUGUUCGUUUUCAUCGAAUACAUUUCUUAUAUCUGUAAAAUUCAAAAAAGUUGCAUUAAAGUAUGACGACAGAAGAAGGUUUUGAACAGUUCGAAGAUGAGGAGGCUGAGAUUCCGAUUGGUGGAACAUUACCUGGCGGUAGGAAACGAUUAUUUUCAAAGGAAUUGCGCUGUAUGAUGUAUGGUUUUGGAGAUGAUCAAAAUCCUUACACAGAAAGUGUAGAUUUAUUAGAAGAUCUGGUUAUUGAGUUUAUUACUGAGAUGACACAUAGGGCAAUGGAAAUUGGACGUACUGGUCGGGUCCAAGUAGAAGAUAUUGUAUUCUUAGUAAGAAAGGAUCCAAGAAAAUAUGCAAGGGUAAAAGAUUUAUUAACAAUGAAUGAAGAAUUAAAGAAAGCUAGAAAAGCAUUCGAUGAAGUUAAAUAUGCAGGUACUGUUAAUCAGUAAAUUCUUUUGAUGUUUUAUCAGUAUCUAAAGCAUAUGACAUAAUUUUUAUUUUGCUUGAAUAUUUUGUUUUAUUAGAGAUUAAUCUCAUAUUCUUUAUUGUUUCUUUAUUUGUAUUUUUUAUAAAGUUUAUUUUAAAAACACUUUUGUAACAAAACUUGUUCAAUCAUAAACGAACUAUCUAAUAUUCAGAAA